AUGGAUUUUGGAGAUAAAAGUUGGAUGAAUCUCCGAAGAUCCACCAAUGAAUAUAUUCAUGGAGUUAAUGAUUUUCUUGAUAAAGCAUUUGAACGAGCUUCCCAAGGAAAUGAAAUAUUAUGUCCUUGUAAGAAGUGCUUUAAUCGUAAUUGGCAUUGUCGAGAUAUGGUAGAGGGUCACUUAAUUUGUCAUGGAUUUGUUCAUGGAUAUACCAAAUGGGUUUUUCAUGGAGAAGGAUUUUCCUCAAGAAAUACGCCACAUCCAACCAAUGAUGAAGAAACUUCCAACAUGAAUGAUGAUAUUGACAGACUACUUCAUAAUACUUUUAGAAAUGUAGAAGAUGACCAGAGGCAUGAAGGAGUGAGAGAGGGACCAUCUAAAUAUGCAAAGAGAUUUUCUAAAUUAGUGGAGGAAGGGAAAGAAGAGUUGUAUCCGGGGUGUAAGAAUUUUUCUAAGUUGAGUUUUACCAUCCGGUUAUACUUGUUCAAAUGCAUUCACAAGUUGACUGAUGUGGCCUUUUCAGAUUUGUUGGACUUGAUAAGAGAGGCAUUUCCACUUGCUCAGAUACCCGAGUCUUUUUACAAGGCAAAAAAGGUCAUAAAAGAUUUGGGUCUUCAUUAUGAGAAAAUCCAUGCUUGCACUAACGAUUGCAUGUUAUUUUGGAAUGACAAUGCUAAGUUAGAUAAUUGCUCUGUGUGUGGAGCUUCAAGAUGGAAGAAUGUUCGUAAUGACUUAACUAAUAAGGUCACUAAAAUCCCAGUGAAGGUUUUAAGGUACUUUCCUUUAAAGCCUAGGCUUCAGAGGAUAUUCAUGUGUUCUGAAACAUCUGUAGCUAUGAGAUGGCAUGAUACUGAACGACCUAAAGAUGGAAAUUUAAGACAUCCUGCAGAUGGUGAAGCUUGGAAGGAUUUCGAUUCCUUGCAUCCUGAAUUUGCUAAUGAUGCUCGUAAUGUUAGAUUGGGUCUUUCAAGUGAUGGUUUCAAUCCAUUCAGAACUAUGAGCAUUUCCCAUAGCACAUGGCCAGUUAUGUUAAUGAACUAUAAUUUAUCACCAUGGAGUUGCAUGAAGUCGGAGAAUAUUAUGUUGUCAAUGAUUAUUCCAGGUCCAUCAUCUCCAGGAAAUGAUAUAGAUGUAUACUUGCAACCACUGAUUGCGGAGUUGAAGGAACUAUGGGAAGUCGGACUUGAAACAUAUGAUGUUGUAACUAAUCAAACAUUUCAAAUGCGUGCAGCUUUAUUGUGGACAAUUAGUGAUUUUCCAGCUCUAACAAUGCUUUCUGGAUGGAGCACCAAGGGGAGAUGGGCAUGCCCCACUUGUAAUCAUAAUACUUGUUCCCAAUAUCUCAAACAUAGUCGUAAGAUGUGUUACUUGGGUCAUCGGGCAUUUUUACCUUCCGAUCAUCCAUUUAGAAGAGAUAAAAAAUCAUUUAAUGGUAAAGAGGAGCAUAAAGUUGCACCUACUCCAUUAUCAGGGGUACAAGUUCUUGAAGAGCUUCGUGAAUUCAAUAAUGUUUUUGGAAAGAACAACAAGAAAAGAAAACGAAAGAAUGAUGGUCCAUGGAAAAACAAAUCCAUAUUUUUUGAGUUGCCGUAUUGGGCAACCAACAAAUUGAGGCACAAUCUUGACGUGAUGCACAUAGAGAAGAAUAUUUGUGACAGUUUACUUGGGACUUUAUUGGAUAUACUUGGAAAGUCCAAAGAUCAUAUAAAUUCUCGCUAUGACUUGUAUGAAAUGGGGAUAUGUAAAGAGCUUCAACCUGUAAAAGAUUGUGCUACUGGAAAUAUCCAUCUAGCUAAAGCUUGUUUCUCUAUGAAACCAUCAGAGAAAAAGUUAUUUUGCACCGUCUUAAAAGAUGCCAAAUUACCAAAAGGGUGUGCCUCUAAUAUAUCAAGUCAUGUUCAAAUUGAAGAGAUGAAAGUAUCAGGAUACAAAAGUCAUGAUGCUCAUUUCAUAAUGCAUUACUUGCUCCAGGUUGCAGUCAGAAAAGUGUUACCCAAGAAUGUAUCUAUGGUCUUGAUUAGGUUGGGGAAUUUUUUUAGAGCCAUAUGUAGCAAGGUUAUAAGAAGAAACGAUCUUGAUAAGAUGAAAACAGAAAACAUAGAUAUUGAAUGCGAGCUUGAAAAGAUUUUUCCUCCGUCUUUUUUUGAUAUAAUGACACAUUUGCCUAUCCAUCUAGUAGAUGAAAUUAAGCUUGGAGGCCCAACUCAUUUGCGUUGGAUGUAUUCUACUGAAAGAACUAUGUGUAAUUUCAAGGAGCUUGUUCGUAAUCGAAAAAAUCCAGAAGGAUCAAUAGUAGAAGGUUUUUCAGCUGUAGAUUGUUUGAACUUCUGUUCGAUACACCUACCUAAUACGGUGAAGACAAGAUUAAGUAGGUAUCAAACGGAGGAUGAUGAGGACAUUCAAACAGAGGAAGGUGAUGUUUCACCUUUAUUUCCUAAGACAGGUCAUCCAAUCGGAAGUGAGAAUAUAAGGAAAGGCAAAUCUAUUAUCAUGGAGCAACAUGAGUGGUUUGAAGCACAUCGAUAUACUUUGUUCAAUACCGGAGAUGAACAAGUAGAGACAUUCAUCAAGGAACAUAAGAGUUUAAUUGAUAAUCGUACUAGAGGAAAUGCAUGGGUAAAAGCACGGGUCCAUAGUAGAGAAUUUGGUGAUUGGUUUAGGAACAAAGUUAAAAAUAUUGAAGUGUCCAAUCAUAUAAGAUGGCUAGCUAAAGGGCCUAACUUUGUGGCAAAAAGAUAUACUAGAUAUUUCAUUAAUGGAUAUCAAUUUCAUACGAAGACACGGGAUGCCCCUUGCAAAACUCAAAAUAAUGGAGUGACUUUGUCAGCAACAACAGAUAGUUUUGCUAGUGCUAGGGACCAAAAUCCCGUCGAUGGAAUGGUUAUCUAUUAUGGAAUUAUUCAGGAUAUCAUUGAGAUUGAUAAUUGGGGUUGCUUUAGUGUUGUACUUUUUAAAUGUGAUUGGUUUCAUAAUGAAGUCGAUGAAUAUGGAUUGACUCGGACCCAAUUGAGAAAAAUGUUUAUUAUGCAAGACAAAGUCCCAGUGGAUUUGUAUGAUUUGGAGGAAGAGAGUUGUCCUAAUAUUGAAGAAACAUUUUGGAGAGAGCCUAAUGAUGAUAUUGGUUCAUCAGAAAGAUUACUUGAUGUAGAUGUUAGAUGGUCGAGAGAAGAUCUCCCUGUUGAUAUCAUCGAUGUUCCUUCCAUUGCACAACAUUCACAAGAUGUAGCAAUGGAAACAUCGGAAGAGGAGGAUGACUUUGAUGAUACUGAUUGGGAUUGGAUGGAAGCUGAUGAUUGA